AUGCUGCCCGUGUUCGCCGGGCUGCUGCUCGCCGUGGCCGCGGGCGGCCGAGGGGCGGCUGGGGAGCGGGAGAGCCCUCCGGGCAGCCGCUUCGUCUGCACCUCGCUGCCGUUGGACGCCGCCGGCGCCGGCUGCCCGCUGCCCCCGGUGCCCGCGCAGGGCGGCUCGCCGCCCCCCGAGGAGGAGCUGAAGGCCACCGUGCUGCAGCUGCGGGAGACGGUCCUGCAGCAGAAGGAGACCAUCGGCAGCCAGCGGGAGGCCAUCCGCGAGCUCACCGGCAAGCUGAGCCGCUGCGAGGUGACCGACGGCAAGGGGCCGUGGAAGAAGGAGAAGGGCAAGGACACGAUGGGCGACCUGCCGCGGGACCCGGCGCAGGUCAUCGACCAGCUGAGCCGCACCAUGCAGACCCUGAAGGACCGCCUGGAGAGCCUGGAGCACCAACUCCGAGCCAACGUGUCGUACGCAGCGCUGCCCAAUGACCUGCGGGAGAUGCUCCAGCGGAGGCUUGGAGAUCUGGAACGCCAGCUGCUGAGCAAGGUGGCUGAGCUUGAGGAUGAAAAAUCUUUGCUUCAUAAUGAGACGUCGGCCCAUCGGCAGAAGACAGAGACAGCAUUGAAUGCGUUGCUAGAAAGGGUGUCUGAAUUAGAAAAAGGUAACAGUGCGUUUAAAUCACCUGAUGAGUUCAAAGUGUCCCUUCCUCUUCGCACCAACUACUUGUAUGGAAAGAUCAAGAAGACUCUGCCAGAGCUGUAUGCUUUCACUGUGUGUUUAUGGCUGAGAUCAAGUGCUUCUCCUGGAAUCGGCACUCCGUUCUCAUAUGCUGUUCCUGGUCAAGCUAAUGAAAUUGUCCUCAUAGAGUGGGGGAAUAAUCCAAUUGAACUGCUAAUCAACGAUAAGGUUGCCCAGCUUCCUCUCUUCAUUAGUGAUGGCAAAUGGCAUCAUAUCUGUAUAACGUGGACAACAAGAGAUGGAAUGUGGGAGGCUUUUCAGGAUGGAGAGAAGCUUGGCACUGGAGAGAAUCUUGCCCCUUGGCACCCAAUUAAACCUGGAGGUGUCUUGAUCCUGGGUCAGGAGCAGGACACAGUUGGAGGAAGAUUUGAUGCAACUCAGGCCUUCGUUGGGGAGAUGAGCCAGUUCAAUAUAUGGGACAGGGUAUUAAAAGCUGAAGACAUCAUGAAUAUCGCUAACUGCUCUACCAACAUGCCUGGCAACAUCAUCCCCUGGGUUGAUAACAACGUGGAUGUGUUUGGAGGUGCAACUAAGUGGCCUGUGGAGACAUGUGAAGAGCGUCUGCUAGAUUUGUAGCUGCAAGCGUUUCCCAUCAAGUGCCCCCUUUUAGUAGGACAAUCUCCUGUGCGAUAUGAAGCACUGGUUUUUCUCUCUGCCCUUCCGUAACUCCUCAAAAAUAGAAAAUAAAGAAAUUGAAUAAAUGGCCUCAGUGCAAAAAUGAAUAAAUAAAAUAAUAAAAAGCUGUUAGUUCUGGGGCACUGAGCCUGACAAUGGAAGAAGCACUUGUUGGUUAGAGCAGCCCUUCCUUCCUGCUGGCCUGAUCCAAAAACACGCUUUGGGCUGAGCUGCCUUUGGCUCAGGCCCUGCUACAGGGCAUCAGUUCUCCUGGCAGGGUGGGGAGCAGCCUUGCACAGGUUCACCUUGGUACUCCUUUUGAUAACGUGUGUUCUGACAAAGCACUGAGAUUAACAGGCUAAACGGGAGCCCUUCCUUCCAGUCUAUUGUCUCCCCUUUGAAUUGAAGCCAUUCUUUUUUAGCCCUUUUUAAAGAAAUCACCUAAUCCUUAUAUUGUGAUUAUGUGCAACUGUGAGUAGAGCAGAACAGCCACUGUCUGAGUGCAACAGUCUUGCUUCUUAAUUCUCAGAUCAGAAAUCUUUAUUUUGUGAUCAGGAGGCAAUGUUAUCUGACAAAUGCAAUUCUGGUUCAAUGUGAAGAUAGGGCUGUGGCCAGCGUAGCUCCGUGGAAGCAGAGAAGCUGUAGGUGGGGCUCUGUCCCAAAGCCUGUCUUUCCCUGGCCAGGAUCCCAGGAGAGAUGGUUGGAUGAAGGAUUGUGUUUGUAUUUUCUGUAGGUGAAUGUACUGAAUUUGCAGUGACCUGGCCUGUAAACUUUUCUCUAUUGUUUCUCUUGCUUUAUUCCUUGUCUUUUUUUUUUUUUUUUUAAUAUACAAGCUGUGAAUAAGUGAAUUUCUGUUCUGUUUUGCUUUGAAAGGCCUUUUUAUGAGCAAGUGCCAAAGUUCAGUUUCUGCUUGCUGAGAAUCACUAUAUAUUUUUCCAACAUAAGUCUUCUGCGCUGUUUUCUAUGUUAUUAUAAUGGUCCUAUGUAAAAUGUGCUGGUUUUUCAAUUCUUGCUGACUGUCUCUUUUGUAAGCACUGGGCUGAAUGCAAUAUCUUUUAAUUUUCUCUAAAUAUUUUGCAAACAGUGUUGCUAUUUCCUUGGCAUCGAUGUGACUACUUAGUUUGUGGCUCGCAGAUAGCAAAUGCACUGUACUGGGAAAGAGUGAAUACUUUUGUUAUUUAAAAGAAAAAUAAUUUAAAAGGGUGGGGGAAUUUAUAUAGCUAAAUAUCAUAUUUUAUUUUUCAUAUGUUUGAAUUGUAAGAAUAAGAUGGUGACGGUCCCAUUUGUAGGCUGAAGUUACAUAUUUCCAUUAAUAUGUAGUAUGCUGUUCUUAAAAAAAAAAAAAAAAAAAACAACAACAAAAAACAAACCAACUUUUAAUUAAAAUGCAGUGUAAAAUGAGUCUCUUAAUUACUGUGGAGUCACAUAAAACACGGAAUGUUCUUUCUCAUUAUUGCCGUGGGUUCUGCUAAUAUUUCUGGUGGCUGCUAACAGUACAGACCUUUUCUGAGGUUACCUGAAUUCUCAGCGUGUCCUAAGUCUUGGCCAAAAGGAGCUGCUGGAGCUGGAAGCCUGGGUGUGGGCAUCACAGCCUCUGUGCCUGCUGGCUGCUGCUGAGGUUGGGGGUGAUGUGGGCACAGCGGGUGGUGGCUGUUACCAUUGUGAGGGUGGUAUGGAAGUUUGCUGCUGGGGCACGGUGCUGGUUGGAGGCAACACGAGGGUCCCAAACUGCUCUGAGGUCAGGUCAACAAGCAGGGUGAAAUCAUCCCUUAGGAUGUGGUAGCACUGCAUUUGUGCAGGGUCUGCCAGCAAGGCAGUGCUCUGCUGGGUGGGUGAGCGAGCUGAGGGCGCUCAGUCUGAGAGCAACCAGCUGCAGCCGCCGUGCUUCCAGCCACGGAGGGUCUGUGGUUCUGUGGAGCAUUACACCAUCAGGUUUCAAAGAUCUCAUUUGGAUUGGUUUAAAAAACAAAUCCCCACACCAGUGCUGGCAUUUCCUGCCCCCAAAAGACCAACGCACCGCCAUGUCCCAAUGCUUAUGUCCCAAAGGCAGGGAUAGUGCAAUGUUUUGUUCUGUUCUCAGCUCCUGACAUCAUCUUAUGGGCCAGAGAGCAGCACUGGCAUUGGCCUCCCUGCCAACAUCGGCCUCCCUCUCAGUCCACCUGUCUUGGUGAUUAUUUUGUUCUCCAGAACCGACAGAACUGAAGUCUGGCUUUACACAUAAUGAGGGCUGCCCUCUCAGGGAAUGGCUUUUUGCAGACUCUCUUCUGCUCUUGAAAGAGUGCAGUGCUGGUGAAAUUGUUGUGAAGGCUUUCCUGCAUGGCUGGGAGCCUGCAGGUGGAAGUGCUUUGUCAUUAACACUGCUUCAGCGUUGGGAUUUCUUUGCUAGCAGAGGGUUUUUGCACUUCGGUUGGCUGUGCUCAUCUUUUUUUGGAGGGUUAUUCAACCCCACUCCCAGUGUUAGGUCUGCUUUUGGGACUGGCUAACAGCAAACACCUGGUGACCCCAGCUGGAUGGGAGUAUUUGUGAGCUGUGAUUGCUGGGUGGGGAGCAGUGAGCACAGCUGGUUGUGGGCUUCUGCAUCCUGCCCUGCCUGUGCUGGGGAGGAGAUGGAAGGGCCCGAGCACAGGGGAGUGUAACAGAGCUUCUCUUGGAUGUGGAAAUCAGUGCUAAGAAUAGUUGCUUUCUUCCAAGGUACGUCAAGGUGUUUGGGUGAGAGGGCAUGUGGGGACAUUCAUCCUGUUACAACCUGACCCGGGGCUCAGAUGGAUCUUUUCUGCUAAAGAUAAACAACUUAGUCCCGUGUUGUUGUUUGAUUACAUAACUGAGAUGGUGGGGAUUUGAAGGCAGGGUUUUGUGCUUCUGGU